AGGCUGGGAGAAGACUGAAACAGAAGCAAGAUUGCUAAAGCAAGAACUAGAAAAAGCUCUACAGCAGAGCGUAGCGGGUGAAGAGAGAUUAGUUAACUUGGAUGCAGCACUCAAGGAAUGUAUGCAGCAGUUGCGUUUCGUUAGAGAUGAGCAGGAGAACAGGAUUCACGAUGCAGUAUUGAAGGCAUCCAACGAGUUCGAAAAAACAAGGACUCUCUUAGAGAGAAAAUUAGCAGAUGCAGGGCAAAAGCUUUCCCGAUUAGGUUCCGAGAACACUCAGCUUAGUAUGGCUCUCAUGGCAAAGGAAAAGGCAACGGGUCAUUUAAAAGGACAAUUAGCUCAGGCAGAAGCAGAUUUCAGUGUCUUGAAAACGCGACUGGAAUCUGUUGGAAAAGAGAAUGCUUCUCUGCGGUAUGAGGUUCGGGUCCUUGAGAAGGAGCUUGAGAUCCGGAAUGAAGAGAGAGAGGUUAAUCGCCGAACAGCUGAUGUUUCUCACAAGCAACACCUGGAGAGUGUGAAGAAAAUCGCAAAACUGGACUCAGAAUGUCAAAGGCUACGUAUCCUUGUUAGAAAGAGACUGCCAGGCCCUGCCGCCUUGGCCAAAAUGAAGAAUGAAGUUGAAAUGUUGGGGAAGGAUCAUGCUAAAAUGAGGAGAAGGAAGUCAAAUCCGUCUCCAAAUAGUUCAGUAGACUUAACUUCAGAGACGGCUCCUGAUACUCCAAACAGGAAGAUUAACUUCCUCGCUGAGCAUUUAUGCAUGAUGGAUGAGGAAAAUCGGGCUCUGAAAGAAGUGCUAUACAAAAGAACUAAUGAACUCAAACUAUCUAGGAUGACAAAUGCUCAAACAACUGCUGAACCAGAAAAAUAUCCUCCCUCUGUGCAGGAACUGUCUGAUAUGGACAGCGAUGACAUAGGUGGCUGUUCCGAGUCGUGGGCUUCUGCACUAAUGUCAGAGCUGGAGCAUUUCAAAAAUGAGAAACAAAUAGGUCCACCAUCAUCUGUAAGUGUAGGAGCUUCAGAUAUAAAUCUGAUGGAUGACUUUGCAGAGAUGGAAAAAUUAGCCUUUGAGUCUACAGAUAACCCUCUGGGAGCUCUUCAUCAUGCCUUACCGAGGGAAAAUGGAAAUGAGGAUGCUUUGGAGUCUCAGUUACAUUCUCAUUCAUCAGAAGCAGAUAUCCGAGAGAGAGUUCCUGUGGCAGAUCGUUUUGUCUCCAGCAACGAUAUCCAGGUAAAAGGAAUAUUGACGAGUAAAUCUACUGGUGGAGUUGAUAACAUACUGAGAAUGCUCUUCGAACAUGGCCAUGUAACACAAAGAAACCCAUUUGAAAUACUGGAAGAUAUCAAAACUGCUUUGGCACAAAAGUGUCCCUCAACUAAGAACCCUGUAGAAGCAAAUGAAAGUUCAAUAGAUACUGAUGUUACAUUUACUCCCAACACUGGUGAGUGUAUAUCUCGGGGUAUACAUGAUGACUCAGUAAUAUGGCAUUCAUCAAAUACAGGAACUGGUGAUAUUGUCUCAUCGGCAAGAAAGUGUGAACCAAACAUGUUAUCAUACAUGGGUACAUCGAUCAAUAAGGUGAUUGAUAUCAUAGAAGGGAUCAAUAUACCCUCAACAGAUGACAAUAUUCCAGACAUCUUAUCUUGCAAGGGUAAUGGACUUCUACCAUAUGAAAGUGCACCGAAGGAGACAGCCUAUAUGGUUCGUGUUUUCCAGUGGAAAACUUCAGAACUAUCUGCUAUUCUUCAAGAAUUUGUUCAAACUUGCCGUGAUUUAUUGAAUGGAAAGGUUCACAUAGAGAAGUUUACUGAAAGAUUAACCUGGACUCUGGAAUGGAUUGUGAACCACUGUUUUUCUCUUCAAGAUGUUUCAAGCAUGAAGGAUGCUAUAAAAAACCAUUUUGACUGGGAUGAUUCGCGAAGUGAGAUUGAAAUGGAAACUGGGGGGAUUAAUCCGAUCUUUGAAUUUGAUAAACUUCAGACUGGAAGAGGAAACUCAUUAUACUCUCCGGGUUUUUCCUCACUCGGUCGUAUGAGUUCUUUGCCAGAGGAAAAGGUUCUAUCAUAUGUAGAUAAUGAAAGUCAAUUAUCGAAAGAUGAGUUUCCAGAAGAGGGACUUACAAAGGUGGAUUUGGAUGAGAAACUGCAAGCAGAAACUGUCAGGAAUGAUUCCUUGAUGGUUCAACUUCAGGAAUCAGAGAAAACAAUCAAAAGCUUGCAAAAAGAAGUAGAAGAUCUCAGACAAUCAAAGGAGAUGACUGAGGAUCAAAUUGAGAAAGAAAAGAUGGCCAAAGAAGACUUUGAGAUGCAAUUCAAAGCAGUUAAACUGGAACUGAAUGAAGCUUGUCGAAAGGCUUGCUGUUUAGAAAAGGAACUUGAGGACAAAAAAAACUCCUAUAAGAAGCUCGAUUCUACAUGUCAUAUGCUUCAGCUGCAGCAAGAAAGCACGAAACAAAGGGAGUUAGCAGAGAAUGCCGAGGUGGGCCCUGAAGAAAAGCUUCUUCAAAGUGAUCGGGAGAUCACUGCAGCUUCAGAAAAGUUGGCAGAGUGUCAAGAGACUAUUUUGAACCUAGGGAAGCAGUUGAAAGCAUUGGCCUCGCCUGGGGAUGCUGCUCUCUUUGAUAAGGUGAUAUCUACAUCCUCAGAAACAACUAGUGUUACCGUGACAACCCCAAGGAAGAGUUUUGGACGUCGUUCAUCUCUUCUUGACAAGAUGCUGGCUGAGGAUAAUGAAAUGCGUUCUCCUACUACCAAGGAAGUCAUUCUUGAUGCCAAGAGAACUACAUCCUCCAGUGUUGGCGGUUCAGUGGAACAGCCAGAAAAGUCUCCAUUGACAAAUGGGAGCACACAUUCAGGAUAUGAAGCUGUUAAUGGCUCCCGGGCUAUUGUACCUAGCAAGAAAAAGAAUGGUCUAGGAUUGUGGAAAAAGCUGUUGCGAAAAGGCAAGAAAAAUAGUAGCAAGACAAAACUUAACGUAUGACCUGCAUGGAUGUCAUUCGAAGCUGCAGGCCUGUUGGUUCUAGUGAUGUCUAUGCUUCAUUCAUGGCUUGGUUUGGCGCAGAAAGCAAUGUUUUUGUCUCCCACUCUCUCUGUCUCCCUCUCUUUCCUUUCUCUUUUUCCUUUUCUUGUUCUACUGUAAGUAGUAUUGUAUAUGAGAACUAGAACUUACGCGUAAACCUCAUUGAUAUAGUUUUUCCAUGGCAAAUGGAAAUAGGGAUAAAACUUGGUGCACGAACCAAAGUGAAAUGAGUGUGACAUGUGCUUCAUAUUUGUGACAUACGGUUUUUGCUAGUCGAGUAAUGUGUACUUGGAAAAAAAAAAAGAACAAGUAAACUGAAAUUUCUGUGA